AUGCCUGAGAACAUGGAUAUAGACGCGCCUCCUGGACCCUCAGAGGCAAGGUCGAUCUCACGCGAUCCACGCCUUAUUGCUCAGUCGCUUCCUCCCAUUCCGAGGACCAUUCCGAGGACCAAUUCGUGGAGUUCUGGCCCAACUCGUCCGAAUGUUCCCAGCGGUCAGCAAGUGUCCGCUCUCUCUCCAGUCAACCAGCAAAAUUUCCCUCUCGCCAGUUUGCCACAAUCAAUAUCCGAGUUUGUACUUGCGACAGUAAACCUCGCAAAUUACAAGGCUGAGAAAGAGAGGCUGCAGAAGAAAAAAGCGACCACAGAUGCAACGCUGAGGAAGGCUCAAGCCCACACAAACUUUCCGGCAGUGAUUUCAUACCUCCAGCAGAUUAGUAGAAACGAAGAUGUCGAUUUGGCACGGAUUGAUGAGUCGAUGAACCGGCAUUUAUCGAUCUGCCGGCAAUUGGAAAACACCAUCAGUACGACUAUGAACCAAUCACAGAGUUCUUCUCAAGCAAAUGAAAAAGUGUUGAAACUUGAAGCCGAGUUGGAGAAAGUCCGGUCAGAAGCCAGGAAGAUGCACGGGGAACAAGCCAAGAAGAUGGACGAGGAACUUGUGAAGUUGCGACGCUCUGAUUCCGAAAACCAAAUGAUGAGAACAACCACUGGAUUUCUACAAGACAGGGUCUCUAAACUUGAGGCAUCUCGCAAAGAUAUUGAUUCACAUUUUGGAAUGGUGGAAGAACGUCAGCGCAACAUUGACAGUCUUAUAAAGCAGACGGGCGAUCAAGAAGUCUCUAGUCACAGACAAUGGGAGUCCAUCGAGCGAUUGAGAUCUGAGUUGGAUAAGACUACGAAGUCCUGCGGCUCAACUACCGAUUAUUUGGCUCAAUUCAAGAACGAGGCCUCGAACCAGCUCAAACAACUCCACAAGGAGGUGGCUGACCACAGAAAGAUCCCUGUUGAAAUUGCAUUCGUCAAGGAGCAGAUAAAGAAGCUGGCUGCCGCGCAUCCGCAAGAGCUUGCUGCCAGUACAGAGCCACUGAAGGAACAGAUUGCUGCCCUCGACAGCCGUAUAACCCUACUAAAGAGUACUAUACCUGAUGUCCAAAAAAUUCCAAACCUACUUCCUGUGAACACCGUUGAAGUGGGAACCCACAAGCUGGGGGAAAACCCUCAUGGGAACGGGGUACUUCCCAUGAACAAUGAUGAGACUAAGUAUUUGAAGAGGCUUGAGGCUCUAGAAGAAGGCAUCAAUGCUUUAACCGAAAUUCGUUACAUGGCAGAUGAAUUCAAUCAAAGCGAGCAUCAUGAGUUUAGGCAAAAACUAGAAGCACAUACUGCAGAGCUAGCAGAGCUGAAAGCAAGCCGUGAUCAAGUCUCUUCCAAACUUGUCAGUCUGGGCCAACAAUCCGCUUCUACAGCCCAGGCCUAUACCCAGAUUGCCGAGCUGAAAACAAGCCGUGACCAGGUCUCUUCCAAACUCAUUCUUUUAGAACAACGGUUGUCUUCUGCACCCCAGGCUCAUACCCAGGUUGCAGAGCUGUCCAAUACGCUGAAGACUUUUGGCCAGAAACUCCACACAGUCCAGGUUGCACUGCAUUCCCUUGAAACGAGGUACAACAAUCUGACCACAGAGCCAAUUGUCAGGAGCAUGGUGUCAGCGAUGCAAGAAAUGUACCCCGCUCAGAGUGUUCUAAUAGAGCAUGUGACGGCAUUGAAGAAUCAGCUUGAUAGUUUACCCUUAGACCGGUGGAACAACUCUCCAACGGAGAUCGCAGCUCUUCGGACUCAGCUAGAGGGACUUAUUCAAAGUAACAAAAUUUUGAAGUCGAAUACGGAAGAAAUAAACCAGAUCAAGCGAGAAUUUUCAAAUCUCUUGCCGCCUCUGAUAACACGGGUUGGAAGAUUGGAGAACGACUCCCAGCCGAAACCGCAGCUCUCCGAGGUUGAAACAAAAGUCAACUCACUAAGCGAAAGGCUAGACGCUCAUGCUACACGCUUUGAUGGACACCUCAAAUCUAAGGAAACUGCUGACGAGAUUCUCAUCCAAACCUUCAACUUGGAGCGUGACCGAUUGAAUGCAGAACUGAAGGGGUUACACGACGAAUAUCAAAGCCUGGUCAAUGUCCAAGAGGAGCUUCGAACACAGGUAUCAGAAGCACUGCAGCCAUCAAAUCUUGUCCAUACGCAAAGGAUGGACGAUUCGGCUAGGAAUUCGAAUGAUACUCGAAUUUCUACUCGGCCAACUUCUGCCACACGAGGUUCUGCUCAGCCAGGUUCUUCUCUGAAUUUUGGACUGGACGGGCAGAUUGAUCCAACAAUUUCGUCAGGCUCAGACGGCUUCUCAAGUGCUUCGCGUUCCCCUAAAAGAGAGCCGAAUUUCGAUGAGAACCAGACGGAUAUCCGAUGGGAGGACCCCAUGCAAGGAGAUUCUUCCUCUUUCAAUGGGUCACAGAUCGAGAAGAAAAAGAAGAAGAAAAGGCCUCGGCAUUCGGGCGUCUCGGGCGAGAACGGCCUACUAAAAGCCACCACCUUGAUGAGACCAGAGGAAGAUCCCAAAGCCAAAAAAAAGAGAAAGAAGAAGCGAAAAAUCAACCAGGAAAACCCGAUCCUAGUCGAAUAG